UUGGCGAACGGCCCGCGCAGCCGAGCAGAGAGGCGGGAAACGGCAAAACCAGCACGCGCCCUCCUGGGGCCCGAGGGAGCCAGCAAUGGAGGUCGGCGGCGGCUUGCAGGAGGGGAGGAGUGGCGAGCUGGAGUCCCUCCUAGAGGCGAUCAAAUCCUCCGAGGUGUUGGAGAAUAGAAUUGCACUUAUCAACCAACUCGAGAGUUCCUUUCAGUACUCUCCAGAUGAUCUGAGCCUAAUACUUGACAGUCUUACUAUGUCUUGGGAUGAUUCUGAAUGUUCAGGUGUAUCGCACUGCAUGCUACACAAGUCAAUUUUGCAGGUUGCUCUAAAAUGCUCAUGUAUAGAUAUGACUGAUUGUCUGAGGCAAUUUCUUGCUCUUGGUGCAAAGGCCAGCUCAUGGUGUCGAAAACAUAUCUUGUGGUCUGUUGAAUCUAUUGAGGAAUCUGAAGAGGUCCAAGAGGAAGAGCACUCCAGAAUUCUCCCAGAGAUAAUUUCAAUGACCUUAAAUAUCUCGAUCAAGCUCCUUCCUUCCGCGGCAAAAUGCAUUACUGUUGUUAUGGUGCAUACUAUUGGUGAUUUUAUUUCAGAGUUGCUAAGUUUGAUGGAAAGCUCAAUAGUUGAUAACAAGAAAAUUCACGGAGCUGCGACGGACAUCGCUAGGGCUGCACCUAUUUUUCUAGAUGAAACAGCUAAGCUGUGCCGGGUAUACUCUGAGGCCGCAAAAGCAGAUGACUGCAAAAUGAGCAUACCUGAUGAAGAUACUACUGUCAAACACAGUGAACGAGGUCUUGCUAGUGAGGUGACCAGGAUUGCAUCAUCCACUAUUCAGACUUUGUGUAAAUUGGGAACCUAUGCAGCAUCCAGUGGUGGAAGCCAGGUGGCUUUACUGAAUGUAUCGUGGAAAGGCACAGUCUCCUUACUGCAAAGUGGUAAAGGAAUGAUUGAAGAAAAGGUAAAUGUCAGAGAAAUCAUCCUAACCCUUCUCUCUCUGUCCAUAGAAUCUCUGAGAGUUGCUGCCGAAACAUGGUGCACGCCAUUACUAGAAACCCUUGGUACCUCUGAAGCCAGAAGGGCAUUCCUACCAAUCAAGUUUUUCUUAAUAAAUGCUGUAAGGAUUUGUUCAGCAUAUCCAUCUGAAGCGAUGGCUAUAUACAAGAAUAUAAUUAGGUGUGCACUUGUGAUCACAUCGGCGAGCAUUUUUUUCAGCAAGAAGCCACAGUUGAAAGCAGCAAAUGAGGCACUUGUUGAAUUAUUGGAGCCAACUUUAUUUGUUUUACUGGAUACACUUAUGAAGUCGUCUGAAGUUACACCAGAGUCCAAAUGUCAGCUUGCACGCUACUUUUUUGAAAACGAAGAAGCUAAUGAUUCAGAUCACAUGGGACAAGCUAAUCAGGGAGAGAUAAAUCUGGCCUCACUGGAUUGCAUUUUCUCUAUGGAUUCAGAUGUUGAUCAUAGAAAUAGAGCACUUUUACCUGCUGAGUUAAUUGUGUUUUUGCACUUUCUCAAUGCUUCCCCGUGGUUGACAGAAGAGGUGGUGAUCCAGUUAUCUAAAAAGCUACAGAGUCUUCUUAAUAUCUUAACAUCGGAAGACAUCUACUCAUAUGUCCUUGGCUUCGAAAUCCCUUCCUUAUACGGUGCAGACCAUUCUCCUGCUGUUGUUUGGCAACCUGUGUAUACGUCUCUCAUACAAGCCAUGAAGACUUUUAUGCUUUCUGCUGUUGCUUUGAGUGCUGCUUGGAAUGAGUUGGAAGCUUUCUUACUUGGAAACCUUUUCCAUCCCCAUUUUCUUUGCUUGGAAAUUGUUACAGAGCUAUGGUGUUUCUUCAUGCGUUACGCAGAAACUGAGACUUCAAUUAAUAUAGUUAAUCAACUAUUCCUUCUAUUAAAGAUUGUUGCAUCACCAGAGGAAGUUCUUGUGCCUCUCAGUGCUCUGCGGAAGGUUGCACAUUCAGUGUGCAUAAUCUUGAGCUAUGCAUCUUCUGCAACUGUUGAUCAAGUAUAUACUUGUAUGCUGAAUGAUGAAAACCCUUCCAAGUCCUCGAUCUUACACUUAGCAUUAGUGAUGGAAGGAUUUCCUUUUGAUUCAUUAUCUGGUGGUAUAAAGGAGCUUGCUGUGAAGAAAAUGUUUACUUCUUUUGCUGGUUAUCUGGAGAGCUACUCCAAGAAUCAUCGAGCAAUCAAUGUGCCAACUUCAAGCUUGGGUGUGAUAGGAUUUCCUGUACAUGCUCUAGCCUCUGCAUUGCAGCGUUGUGAAAUAAAGGAUGAUAGUAUCAUAGAUGAGAAGAGCAUCACCGCUAUGUUCAAGUUCACCAUCUCUCUCAUAAACAUGUAUGGAACUGCACCAGAUAGUGGUAAGGAUCACCUUGCCAAGCACAUUAGCUCCAUGUUGGGUAUUAUCUCAAACACGAGGCAUCUUUGCGCAUUCAGUGAGAUGGAGAGGUUGACUUUGCAGUUGCACACUCUGUUCUUGUCCACUUCGGGUAAUUCAAAUGCAAUUCUGUCUCAGUGCAAACCGUCGAUGGCUUCCUUCAUGGCAAUUCUCGGUCACUUGAAUGUUACUGAAGAUGAUGCUAACGAACUUUCUUCUGCAAUGUGGGAUCUGUACCAUCUCCUGCUGAAGGAACGACACUGGGCACUCAUUCACCUUGUAAUGGGUUCCUUUGGGUACUUUGCCGCACGCACAGCCUUUACACAGCUAUGGAAAUUUGUUCCUGGAGAUGCCGCCCUUUCAUACAAUGCAAGCACAGGGACAAGCAUAGAUGAGAAUGGAUUCAUGCUGGAGCUGAGGGCAUAUCUCCAGAAAGAGGCUGCCCUGCACACUGACAGAUGGUCUGAAGAGCAAUUCCAGCUCCUAGUCUCAGAGGGGAGAGCGCUGAAGAAACUGGUUGAAGCGUACUCUGAAAUUCCAGUAGUCCCCGAGCCUGAGAAAGUGGCGAUCACGAAGGAUGCCAGCACGAAGAAGAGGAAGGUGCCGGAUGGCAUCUGCGAAGGGAUGGUGCUGCUGCAGAAUGGUCUGAAGGCCAUGCGAGGCGCCUUUGAUGAAGCGGAUUUUGCAGAGCUGAAGGAUAGAUUUGCGGCACACAUGUCUCGCCUUGAGGAUGCAGUUUCCCAGAUUGCUACUUUGUCUGACGAAAUCUGAUAUGGAAGCGUACUGUCGUUAGAUGGCAUCACAUCGUUGCCGUGCUGUAAAAAUGUACUCCCCUGUGGUAAAUGAUAAAUGUGAUUGAAAAGCUAGUACUUGUUGACCGCCCUUUAACCGUUUGGAGGACGGGGCCCCGCUUUCUUAAUUUGUUUUGGUCUC